UAGUAUAAACAUUCUCGCUGACAGAAAUUAGAAAAAAUAGCGCGUUCCUCUAAUUCGCGUCGUACGUUGAGUUACUAGCUGGUGGUCGUAGUGUAUAUUGCGUUUGGCCAGUGUUUUCCACGAACAUAGGCGAGAUGCAUCUUCUGAGAAAGUCGAAAAGUAAGCCCAAGGAACUGGUGGAAGCGCUCGGUGCGGCUUUAGCUUCCCUCGAAAAAUCAGGUGACGCAAUGCCGAACGCAACGGCGCUGGUAGCUGUUGGGAAGAAACUGCGGCGGAUCAAGGACACACUCUACAGCGCAUCGGAUGCGGAUCCUCAAAAACACACAGAAGUCUGCAAGCUAAGCCACGAACUGCACGAAAAAGGACUUUUGCUGUUGCUUGUACAGCAUCUGGAUCAGCUGGAUUUCGAGAGCAAAAAGAAUGUGACCCUUAUCUUCAACAACUUGCUGCACCGCAUGGUAGCCGUACACUCUUUCUGCGCUAAACCGGCACUUCUCUUCGCACUGAUGACAGGAUACGAGCGGCCAGAGAUUGCCCUACACUGUGGCUCCAUGCUACGCGAGUGCAUCCGUUUCCAGGAACUCGCCGAAGUGAUACUGCAUUCGGACGGUUUCAUACACUUUUUCCGCUACAUCCAAGGAUCCUCCUUUAUCGUCGCAGCCGAUGCCUUUUCCACAUUCAAGAAAUUGCUCACCCAGCACAGCACACUAACGGCAGAGUAUCUCAGCCAGCACUACGAUCGGUUCUUUACGCAUUACGAUCAGUUGCUGCGAUCAGAAAACUACGUCAUACGAUUGCAAAGCUUGAAGUUGCUUGGAAAUCUGCUCUUCGAUCGGCAUCACUUUGCCGUAAUGAUGAAGUACAUCUCAUCACCGAACAAUCUCAAACUGAUCAUGAACAUGCUGAAGGAAACCUCACGCAACAUCCAGCUCGAAGCGUUCCACGUGUUCAAGCUGUUUAUCGCCAACCCGACCAAACCGAGUGCAGUUCUCACCAUUCUGUUGCGUAACCAGACGAAACUCAUCGACUUCUUAAACCGCUUCCACAUCGAUCGGGGUGAGGAAUUCAACGAAGACAGAUCGUUUGUGAUUAUGCAGAUCCAAAGCCUACGCAACAUUGAGGAGAGUUAGAAUGUUAACUAAUUACAACGAACAACCGAAGCACAAGGACGCGCUAGCGACGCAUUAUAUCUGUGUCAACUAAAUUUAGGAAAAAUCCUGACCGUAACAGUACCAAAAACCACUCUGAAACGGUAGAGUGCAAAUCUCUGAUUCUUAAUAUUGAAUUUGAAAUAAAUAAGGAAAAUAAAAUUACCAAUCC